AUGUGGUUUCAGAGCUGUCGCCGCGUAACGUUACGUGCUGACUAUGCUGACUAUUGUGCAAAAGGCAUGGUGACUCUCAUAGCUGGUGGCGGAUCGGGACACGAGCCCUACGCUGCAGGCUAUAUUGGUCCCGGAAUGCUCACAGCCGCUGUAGCUGGUAAUGUUUUCGCUUCUCCGCCCUCUCGUCACGUCAGUGCGGCUCUGAACUCGACUACUACAAAAGGUAACAUAACUACAGCUGAUGUGUAG